UUGCAAUUGAUUCUCUCGCCGAACGUUUUGAAAUAAGCAAAAUUUCCAACACUCGCGCGCAACGCAUUAAGUCGCAUUAUAAAAAUAGAAAAAAAUUCCUCUGGUGCUGGUGAUCUCGAAAAAGUGUUUUUUUUCCUUCCGUUGCUCUCAAAUAAAAUUCCAAAAUCAAUUGUUGUUCCACAUUUUUUUUAAAUAUUUCAAAAAUUCAAAAAUUUGUCUAAGAGUCCAAAGUGAUUUAUGUAAGAAUUUUCUUUCACUUUUUAUUUGUUGCUGAAAAUUGCAGCAUUAUAUACGAAAUAUUUACUGCACUGAUGCUAAAUACCUACAAAAUUUCGGUCGGAUGAAAAUCUUUGAAUGGAAGUGAUUUUUCAUUUUUCAAAAAACGAAAAAAAAAAAUAAGAAAAAGUUUGUGUUAUAAAUAGAUCCUCACAAUAGAGUGUUUAAAAGUGUCUAACGUAUUUUAGACCUGCUGCACGCGAGAGUGACGGCUUUUACUAAGAAAAAACAAAACACAUCAAUCUUUAUUUGUUUAUAAUAAUUUGGCAAAAAACGCUCUUCUGAUGGAUUGAUAAAUAAUUGUUUCAUUAAAAACCAUUAAAUGUAUAUUUUGUAUUAUGCUUUCUGUUUCCUAAAAAUAGUUCGGGCCUGUUUCUAGAAAAAUUAAAAAGAAAAAAAAACAUAAAGCCGAACACACACUUUGUGAAUGUGAUUCGGAGUGGCAUUGCAAAAAUGGUUAACAGUGUCGUGGGGCGUGCUUACGCGAGUUAUUUCGAAUGCAAAUCUUUUGUUUUAUGCCCCGUCGUUGUCGUGGUCGUCGAAGCGGUGAAGUGCGAGAGAUGAUGAUGCACAUGAAAUAAAUUCAAUAUUCAAAGAACAAUUUCAUUGUUUAACUCAUUCGGAAUAUAAAACAACAAAAACUUCUCUAUACAUAAAUAUAUAAAUUUAUAAAUCGAAUAAAGAGCACACAGAAAAACUAUUAAUAAAUUCGCGGUAAAAGUUUGUUGACUCAUGCGAGUGUGUAUUUCCCGGUGCUGUGUCUAGACAAGCCACACAAAGUUCUGUUUAAUAAAACAAAAUACACAAAUUGCAAUUUAAGUUUUAUAACAUAAAUCAAAAUUUGUAUAACAUUUAAAAUUACAAGAAUUAAAAAGUUAAAAGUAUAUUUUUCGACCGUGACAGGACUCGAACCUGCAAUCUUCGGAUCCGAAGUCCGACGCCUUAUCCAUUAGGCCACACGGUCACAUGUAAAUUUGCCGCAACAUGUCUGUUAUGAAGAAGCCGCGUGGGAGUAUUCAUAAGAUACGAGAAUUCGAAUUGGAAAAGAUCCAUUUAGUUGAUGAGUUCGACAUUCUGCAAAUUGUCGGUGAGGGAUGGUUUGGCAAGAUACUUCUGGUGGAGCAUCGGGCCUCCCAAACUGAGAUGGUCCUCAAAGCUGUACCAAAGCCAUACGUAUCGCUGCGGGACUUUUAUCGUGAAUUCCAUUACGGACUGCAUUUAGGCAUCCAUAGAAAUAUUGUGACGACAUACGAUGUGGCAUUCGAAACGGCUGGAUUCUAUGUAUUCACUCAGGAAUAUGCUCCUUUGGGUGACUUAACAUCUAACGUUACGGAUACUGGCAUUGGAGAGCUUCAUAGCAAGCGAGUGGCAAAGCAAAUUGCAUGCGCUCUAGAUUAUAUGCACACAAAAGACAUAGUUCAUCGGGACGUUAAACUGGACAACGUUCUCAUUUACCGCUCUGAUUUUUCCCGAGUCAAGCUUUGCGAUUUUGGAGAAUCAUAUCAAACCGAUACGGUAGUGGAGAGGCGAAAUGAAUGGCUGCCUUACAGUCCUCCGGAAGUAUUACAAAUCAAGCCCGAAGGCACUUACAAGGCCGAUCCAAGUCACGAUGUGUGGCAAUUUGGAAUUGUAAUUUUUGUUUGUCUCACUGGUUGCCUGCCUUGGCAGAAGGCAGCUAGCGAUGACCCUCGCUAUGUUCGAUACCUAACAUGGCAGGGUACAAUGAUGCUUCCCAUUCGGCGAACGCCAAAGUUAUUCAAGCUUCUUGCAUCGAAAUCUUCGAGAAUGUUUCGCAGAUUCUUGGAACCUAGACCCGAACGAAGGCCAAAGAAUUUAGCAGAUUUGGCUAAGUUCAUAGAUGACCGGUGGCUUGCCAAGACAGCAGAAAAAGAAAUGGCUGAAUACGAGACUGAUGAACUGUGUCCAUCAAUGUACUCGUUCCACAGCAGUCCCGACGAAAAACAUCGAUUGCUUCAUACCCUGGUGGCAUGUGGCAUCGAGUCGAACGUCGACAGAACAGCAAAGAAGAAUCGUAUCAAAGAUUGGAUCGAGUCCUCGAUCAUAACUGAAGAAGAUGAAAAUGAAGAAGAAACUGAUGCAUCCGCAUCUCCAUCCUCGUCUGUGUCUAGAGGGCCAGUGGCAGGUCACAUCUCUUCAAUUCGCACGGUUGAGCCGGCCAAAAAGGAAAUUAAGACAACUCUAAAAGACGCCAAUCAGAAACACUUUGAUCCCCGCACUGGAGCUCUCCAGCAAGGACCAAGUUCCAUGGGCACUGUCAUCCAAUCCAGUCCCUCCCCUACCGGCAUGAAUUCCUUAAACACUUCAACUGACAGCCUCAAAGGGAGUAUUCUUACAUUGGGCAGUCGCAAUGAACUCUUAUCGAGUGACUUUCAUCUCUAUGCAUCCGAGACGAAUAUGAACGCGCUAGGUGAGCAGCCUAUGCAUCAUAUGGUUAGUCCGCAAAAUGGCAUGUCACAUUCGCUUAGUAUUAACCAAUUGAGCUCUGAUGACGCUCUUACACGCAUUAAUAAUAAUUUUGCCAGCGGCACAUCGACCGUAGUGAAGAAGAAUCUUCUCCAACGGAACCGAUACGAUUCGGCUAAGCUAGCGCUAGCCAAUUCUAAGUUAUACGCUUCUUCGUCAGCUCUUGACACAACUAAUCAUUUAUUAAAUGGGCCAUCAUCUUAUUAUGAUAAUGGUGCAGUGCAUCAUCAUCAUCAGCCCAAUGCUAAUGGUAAUAAUGUAUCUUUUAUGGGGCUUGCUAAUGCUUUUCAAUCGCUUGCUACAAUGCCAACAACUUCUGAUCAGGCGACUAUGACGUCACCAUUUGUUUCAUUUCAUUCGCGGCAAUCUUCUGAAGUCAAGGACAGCGGCUAUGGGUCAACCACUACUACCAAUGGCGAUGCCCCGAGUACGAAGUGGAUGACACAAAAAGAAGACAUCGCUGUUCCAACUAACAUAGAUAGAAUGCGAGAUAAUAGAACUCCGAUGAAUGGUAAGACACAGAAUCAGAGUAAUCAUCACAUAAGUUCCGGUGGAUUCCAUUCGGGAACAUCAAUGAAAGACACACCUUAUGAUCGCUUUGCUAUUUUAAAGAAGAAAUAGUUAAUGAUCGGGUUGUUUUUGUUUUCUUUUCUUUGGUGGUGAUAUAAAUUUGUUUUUAAUAAAAGAAAAACACACAUUACACAUAAAUAACCUAAAUGUUACUAUUUAAAGAUUAUAAUUAAUAUCUAUUACAAUACAUUUAUAAUCUAUUGCGAUACAUUUUGUACUAUUUAAGCUAAAUAAAGUUAAUGAGAUUUUAGUUUUAAA